AUGUAUAUUUUUUAUUAUUUAUAUUUUUCUCAUUUUAUUUUCGUCAACAUAAAUAUGCUUAUUAAAUCCACGGAAAGAAAAUAUAAAUAUGGUAUAAUAUUAGAUAAAAGAAAUUAUAGAAUAAUAGCAAAAACUAAACAGGAUAUAUAUCCAAAUGUUUUAUGCUUAAAAGAAAAGUUUCCAAAUAAUGAAAACAUUAAAUAUAAAAAUAUAUCUAAUAAUGCAAAAGGAGUUAAUAGAAGAAACAAGCAAUCAAAUAGAAGUUUAUUAAAUGAGGCACAAUACUAUACAGAAGUAAUAGAUUAUAAUAAUGGAAUGUUUGAUGGAAAACAUUUCCAUUUUGAAAAAAAAUGGAUUAAGAAAAAAGAUUAUAUUGAUUUUCUUGAAAAAAAAAGGAGAAUUUGUAAUAUAGCUUUAAAAAAAAUAAAAUUUAAAAAUUACGGAUAUAUAGUUGCUAUGUUUGUUAUUUUUUUUUUCUUUGGAAUAGGAUUACCAGUAUUAUCUAACUUGGAGUCUUUGGAUACAGCAUGGAAUGGGCUGGACAAAAAAAAUGUAUUGAAAAUUUUAUAUGAAGCCGUAAAAGGGUGGGAUCAAACAGCAAAGUCCACUAUUUAUUUAACAAUAUUUAGUGUACUAAUGCUUACAUUAAUUAUUGUGCUUGUAAAAGGAAUUUGUAAAAUCUUAAGAAAUAAUGAAAAAUAUAAUAAAAUUAAGUUGAUAACUGAGUAA